CGGGCACGGCCUCCCUCCGCAGCGGCGCCUGACCGUGCGCCGGGUCGCGGCUCUGGAGCUUGGGCCCUCGCUGUUGGCGGUGUCGGUUUCUCCUGACGGGAGGCCGGCCUGGCGGGCCGGAGGUUAGGCCGAGAGCAGGGUCCCCUACAGCGGCCAGUGCUGUCCGGCUGAGCUUUGCCCGUGAUGAGCGGGAUUCGCCCUGGGCUGCUCCCUUAAAGGGCUGUUAGCAUGGCUUUAGUUUGCUCAAAACCUGUAGCUGGGGUUCUUGCAGCGCUUUUGGUGUUAGUUUUUCUGUGCUUCUUGUAACCCAUGGACAUUUUCAGUUUUAUUCACAAACAGUAAGCUAGUAAGCCAGAAUUAGUCAAGGUGAUGAAUAGAUGAUCAUCGAAUUGGGAUAAUCACAUCUUCAGGAAGAAGGGAUGCAGAAUACUAGCCUCGAGAUCACCACUACAGAGCUUUUUAAGGACUUUUAAAGUUUUUUAAGGACUUAAAGUGUUUAUGAAACUGUUUUUUCCAUUUUGAGGCAGUGCAGUUAGUAAUGGGAAGAGAGGUGAGCUCGAAUCUAUAUUCUGUUUUCAAGGCUUUUCUUGUUUGUGUAUGACUGUCCAUGGGUGGGUGAAGAGAGACGUUCAAGGAGGUGUUAAUGAAAAAUACUAUAUUGUCACAUGUUAUUGUCAACCAUGCUGUUUUAAAAAAGGAGCUGAUAGGCUUUUUAGGCUCUAAAUGGCUUCUAAAACCUGUAUAUGAAUGCUUCAGAAAGUGUUAAUGGUUUUAUUUCAGAUAUGACUAAAUGUUUCCUUAAUGAAAUAUCAGGUACUGUUGCAGUAAUUACUUCUGAUGGAAGAAUGAUUGUGGGAACGCUCAAAGGUUUUGAUCAGACCAUAAACUUGAUUUUGGAUGAAAGCCAUGAACGAGUGUUCAGCUCUUCACAAGGAGUUGAGCAAGUAGUGCUGGGCUUAUACAUUGUAAGAGGUGAUAACGUUGCUGUGAUUGGUGAAAUUGAUGAAGAGACAGAUUCUGCUCUUGACUUGGGGAAUAUUCGAGCAGAACCUUUAAACUCAGUUGUGCACUGAAAAGAUAAAAAUGCACAGGGACUUUGUAAAUCUUUGGUUGUACAGACCUAUUUAGCAAUGUGGACCGUUUUUACAAAUUGUGUUUAAUUUGUUUAGUCAUCAGUUUUUUAUUAUGAAUAUGUUGUAGUUUUGCACGUAAAUUAAAGUUUCUACAUUUUGCUAAA